AUGCCUCUCAGAGAUUACGGAGUGUGGAAGGCAACACCCACCAGCUUCACUGUCGAGAGGGCAGACAAGGAUCCUGAUAGCCCUCACGGAUACUUGGGAUUCAAGGACGGUGUCAGCUCCAAGAAGCUCGAGUCCGCCAUCAACGUCAAGUCAGUCUCGUCAGACUCGCGGCUCGUAUACUGGCUCAUCCAGGAUUUCAAGCACCCCCUCACGGCGAAGCUCAAGUCUCUCUCGCCUGGCUUCCACAGGAUCUCAAAUGACCAACGUGACAUCGCGCUGGAUAUCCUGCGCUCCAAUGUUGUCAAGGUCCAGGACGGCAGCGUCGUACCCCACGAUCUGCCUGGUGACAAGAACGACAUUGUUGAUUUCAUCCAGCCCUUCUUUGACAAUGCGAUCAAGAAAAAGGCCACUGUUUACAUCUAUGGCGAGCAGUAUUCUGGCAAGGAUGGUCUGCAUGAUGUGCACAUGAACCAGGGGAGUGAUGGGAGGUUCAAGAGCUCCAACGGGACAUACCAAGACGGUAGCGUCAUAGUGGAAUUCGCCGACGGUCACUGGGAGGCCUUCUUCAUCGCUUUUGCUUCUCAAACCGCGGAGACAGAUGGGAACGGCCAGCCAAAGGGCCCUUCUUUGGGUGAUGUCUUGGAAAAGAAGAGCCAGCCCGGCGGAGGCAAUGACAAACCUGAUGACGAUGACAACAAGCCAGGUGAUGGCGGUGAGGCACCCAGCCGACCAUCCGACGCGGUUGUUGCUAUCAUAGCUGCACUUGUUAACCCAGAUGGCCCGGAUGGUGGUGAGAACCCGGAAAUCGUUUAUGUAGUCAACAAUGGGCUGUCCUCAGUUGCUCUGAAGGGGUGGACAAUUGAGAACCACAUGGGGAACUCUUUUGCCAUACCUGAUUCAUCUAUUCUCAAGGUUCAAGGUGACAAAGAGGGUUUCAAUGUGAAGGGGGUCCCACUGUCAAACAAAGGAGGAUCAAUUAUCUUGAAGAACGCGGAGAAGCAGGUGGUCGACAGCGUCUCGUACACCAAGGCACAGGCAUCUCAGUCGGGGGCUUUGGUCUACUUUCGAUAA